GUUGCUCGGCUCAUUAUAAGGAGCGCAGCGAAUGAAAGGGAUAACGCAGAGGAUGCCGCACACAUACAGCCGUAGACACGUGUGUCUGCGUGUGUAGAGGUGUGUGUGUGUGUGAUAUAGAGGUGUGUGUGUAUGGUGUAGAGGUGUGUGUGUGUAUAUAAAAUGAGAGGCGAUGCAGGGCAGCGCAGACAGGGCGCGGAUUAAGCAUCGACCAGCACCGGGUGUCUGAUUGACACGAGGAGAGACGGGAGCCGUGGAGAUACAGACACGCGUCUCUGAAGAACGGGCGGCCGACAUGCCUAGGUGACGCCUCCCAGGGGGUGGCGAUGCUCUUCACCGAUGGACGCGAACGCUGACAACGUAACGGCCCCAAGUGCCGUUGCGCCGACCGUGCCCAACGGUUACGCGCUGCUGCUCGUGCUGCUCUCCGUGUUCGUGGGGGGCGGCCUCGUCAUUGUCUCCAGCCUCUUCAUCAUCUGCCGCCAAUGCUGCCGGGGCGGCCGCCGCUACACCAGGGCCGACGACGAUGCUGAGAAAACCACGACGACGUACGUGGACGAGACGCAGCACCCACGCGAGAUCGCGAUCAAGAUAACUGGUGUGGACGACGACGAUGGCGACGAAGGGGAGGGGGGCCGGUGUGGUGAGGGGGGCGGCUCCGCAUGGAGCGGGGGGGCCGACCCAGAAGCGGAGCGCUUCCUGUCGUCGGGCGCCCCCACACGUCGCGUCUCCUUCAACGAGGCGGCGCUCUUCGACAGCGACAAGAAGGCGCAGGAGAAAGGCCGACGGUUCACGCUGACCGAGGGCGACUUCCACCACCUGAAGAACGCGCGCCUCACGCCGUUCGUGCGGCCGCCCUCCAUGAAGAUAGUCACCAUCCCCGAGUGGGACGGCGCCACCGACCCCACGCUGCCGGGGCCCUCGGCCGCCGUGCCGCUCACACCGCGGCCGUCCCAGCGUGACCUCAACCUCCCCCUCCUGCAGCCCUCGCCAUUGCCGUUCCGCGGGGCCGAGUUCUACCUGCCCGGUGACGCCACCACCACCACCACGAGCCAGGGCGGCGGUGUCGGCGGCGGUGCUCACACCGGGGCGGCCUCUGCCGUAGCGCCCCCCCACCACGACGCGCUGCACGCCUCCCCGCUGAGCGCGGACGAGACGGCGGACGCCGAGCAGAGUGCGGAGAGCAAGUGCGGCGGGUUGGUGCACCACUUUCUGGCGCGGCUGCGGCGCCACGCUAGCGUGGAGGCCGGCAGCCCCCGCUUCAACAUCCGCAAGUGGCGCCUGGACAAGAGCCGGCGCGCCUCGAGCCUUGACACGCGCGGUUCCCCGCGGCGGCGUCAGUUCCAGCGGCAGCGUGCGGCGAGCGAGAGCACGGAGCGCUCGGCGCACGACCCGCACCAUACCGACGUCAUCCACUACAUCGCACACGCCGAGCGCCUCGCCUUCCUGCAGCCCCCGGCGCCGCAGGCCGAGGCGGCCGGCGGCGCCGGCGGCGGCGCCGGCGCCGUCGCCGGCGGCGGCACCGGGGGGGCGGCCGACGCCAAAUUUGCGACCGUGGCCGCCGCGGCCGAGAACGCGGUGACGAUCGUCGCCGUCGUGGCCGCCGCCCCCCCCUCGUCCUCUUCACCGGGGCCCCCCCACCCAGCUCCGGAGGCGGCGUCCGAGUGUGAGCGCGCGAGCAGAUCAGAUGGUGACGUGGGGGCCGCGGGCUCCGACGCGACGUCCGCGCCGCGCGACCUCUGGAGCCUGCGCGCGUCCUUCGAGCUCUACGCCUCGUCGGAGCGCAGCAGCAGCAACGACCGCGACUCGGUGCGCAGCGACGGCGAGAGCGUGGGCUCGGCCGGCGCGCCCGGCGCCGGCCGCCUCUCCCAGGACUUCUCCCAGGACGAGGGCCCCGGCUGCCCCGCGAGCGCCGCCGGCGACGGCAAGAAGGAGCCGCGGCAGGAGAGCACCGAGUCGGAGCGCAGCUGUGGCACGGACGGCGAAGCCGGCGCCAGGAAACUGCUGCAGAUGGACAGCGGCUACGCCUCCAUCGAGGCACCGCUGCGCUGCCUCCACGAGGAGAACGGGCGCAAGCAGCAGCAGCAGCGCACUGCCUCGGAACGCCGCUGGCACUUCAGCUCGGGCCGCACUGACACGGUGUUUGAGAGCCUGGACGGGGAGGCGCCGGAGGCCGGGGCGGUGGCGGGAGGAGGAGGAGGAGGAGACGCUGGCGGCGCGAGCCGCCCCCCGGAGCGAUCGGCGCAGGCGGCGGGCGGCCCGCGCGGCUUUCUGCGGCGCCGCGAUUACAGCAUCGACGAGCGCUCGGACGCGCUCUUCCGUGAGUUCCUGCGCCACGACCCGCGGUACGACGAGGCUCCCUUUGGCAAAGCCAAGCACCGCUCGCGUGCACACCUGCGCAAGCAGUGGCAGCGCUCCAAGCAGUACAGCGACCCCGGCGUGCGGCACGGCAUGAACUUCUCGGCGAGCUUCGAGCGGCACCGCGCGCCGCUGCGGCGCGGCAACAGCGUCAACUACCCGUCGGACGGCCGUUACUACGCCACGCUGCCGCGCAUCGUCAGCGCCGGCGACGAGGAGGCCACCGACGCUGUGGCCGCUGCGGCCGCCGCGGCCGCCGCGGCGGCGGCGGUUUCGGCGGCCGUCGAAGCGAAGCGCUCCUCGCCCGUAGAGGAGCCCGGCCGGGGGUGCGCUGCCCGCGACCGCUGCGACACCGGGGAGCCCGCUGACGCGGAGCCGGGCGACGUGAGCGCGGGAGACUGCGGGAGCCCUCCCCCCGGAGGCGACGGCGGCGACGGCAAGGAUGGCGUGGGCCACGGCUACGGGCCGCAGAUGAUAUCGGUGUGCGGUGUCGGGGGAGACAAAGUGGCGCCUCGGCUUGAGGAGCGGCUCUACCUGGCGCUGAGACAGUCCAAGGAGAGCCUGGUGCAGGCCAUCACAGCCACGGAUGCCCCCCCCGAUCACAGUCCCGUGUGACCUGCCCCCUUCCCCCCACCGCCCCUUCCCCCCCCCCCCCCACUGGACAGAACGAUGGGUGCAUACUAUAUGAUUAUGAUCAUCAUUAUAUUCGUAAUUAUACGUACACGCUCGAUAACUGAAGUGAUUGCCGGUCUGCUUUGCUGGCUGCGCGCCCUCUGACGGGAGACCGGGGGCCAGGUUGACGCCGUCUGGCUUCAGCCGCCGCACAGCGGUGGAGACGCCGUCGCGGCUCCACCGGCGUUGAGCCAGCGGGGCCCUGGGGCUGGCACACGAAUCCGGGGGUGCCCCGCGCGUCACCGUUUGGUUCUCCGUUCACGGCUUCACGUUUUUCGUAACAUUUGAUUGGUUUGCGUCUUAAUUACAUAUGCCAUUGAUUUGUAAUGAAUUUUGUUUAUAUUUAUGACAUUUUAAUUUAUUUUAGCUAUUUAUUGAAAGAGUUGUGCCAAUAAAAGAGUAGCAGGUUAAUAUU